CACCAGUUAUUGGCACCGGGUGCAACGCCCAAACUUUGUGUUGCCAACGGUGAUCUGUGUGCCUCAUCCACUCCAUCGAUCGUUUGUUACUUCAGGUCUCGAAUGGCAAGCAUAUUCCGAUCUUUUCUAACGGAAUUCCUCUGAGAAACAGAGGCAAGCUCUUUUGAAGCAAAGCCGUGGAAAAAUAUUGGUUACCAAGUUGAGGUUGGAGGUUUCUGACUUUGGGAAGUAUAGGAGCUGAGGGAAGACGAUACGGAGGAGCCAUGUUGCCCCGUUUGGAUAAAGUUGGACAAAUCGCGAAGACGGGCGCAAUUGCUCAGACACUAUUUACUCCUUCGCCUCUGUUUCUUUUAAUUACCAUCACUGCCAUAAUUUUUCAGAUAUGGCUGAAGCGUGAAAUCGUGGACGAAGAUAUAAGCAAGUAUGGUACGUUACUUUUUACGGAUGACAAUUCUCAAUGUAUUAGUCCAACUACGGAGCCAAUAAAUGAUGGGGAUGAUCCCUCGGGAAGUGCAACGGAUAAUCAAACAACAGAGGUGGGUGGUCCUGGACCAGGUAUUUAUGUAGAACAUGUGAUUGACCUCCAAACAAGGACAUCAACUAGUACUGUGGGCCCAAGACCAAUGCCAGAGAUGGCAUCUUCAUCACAGACAGUGAAUGAGGUUCAAGUUCCAAGAACGGACAAAGAGUUUCAGAUCACCUGUGGUGUAAUUGGACUCUCUACUGCAAUUUUCGGUGUAUAUGCAGGGAUUCUUGGAAGUAAUAAGCAAAUUUCUGACCGCAUGGUUCUCUUCGAGGUCUCUGUAUGGUUACUUCAAACCUCACUACUCUCGGGCAUGCUUAUGCUGACGAUUAUCAUUUUGCGCCCAGGAAGACUUGUUUCGGGUACCAUUUUCUAUGGUAUCAUGUCAAUUGCAGUGGUAUCACUAACUUAUGCUAUAUGUUUCGGAAUUUACUUUCUGCUUCCGAAGAGCACCGUCAGGCUGGUUAUCGUUUCUGUUCUUCCGGCUGCACUAUUCUUCGUAGCAAUGAUUCUCCAUUUUGUGGAUAGAAUCAAUGAGACGGAGAAGUUACCACCUUGUUUUGACGAUCAUUAGCUGGGGAAGCCUUGUAGCCAUAGUUAGAUUAGUGACUGACAUUCACUCUGUGCGACAAAUUUGAAUCGAUUUUAAUCCGAUGGACAUGCACU